AUGCCGGCCAACAACCAACGACCGGCCGCCCAAACUCCGGUAUCACCACGAAAUACGGCAAAAUACACCAACAAGGAUGGCUCCAAGUUUAUCACCGUACCUAAGGGCGCUACCUCUGAGUCUUCCUUGCCUUCGACCCCCACAACUGCUAAAGCCAGUGCCCCCCCACUAGAGGCUUCCAACCCCGACAAUGACCCUGCUCCAACAGUCAACCGCAAGAAGCAGAAGCGUAGACAGAAGGCUGCUUUAAAAGCCGCACAGCAAGCUGCGAACGGACAUACCAACAAUGUCGCGAGUGGUGGUGCACGCACAGGGUAUACCCCAGGCCGUGGUCCCGCUGAUCACGAAGAGGUCGAAAGCGACGACGAGCAUGAGUAUAUCCUGGCGAGCGAAUUAACAGGCCCAACUACAAACGGGCACCCCCCUUCGGAUUCAAAAUCGAAGAAGAACAAGAAGAAAAAGAAGAAGGGAGGGAAUGCCGAUCCUACAUCACCUGCACCCGAAACUCUUGAAUCUGAGCCCCAAUCGCACUCGUCACAGGGCCCUGGGAUGUCACGCGAUAAGAUAUGGAGCACUAGCAAUCAAGAGGAGCGCGAACGCAUAAAAGCAUUCUGGCUUGGAUUGGGUGAAGAUGAGCGGAAAUCCUUGGUCAAAGUCGAGAAGGAUGCUGUUCUGAAGAAGAUGAAGGAGCAACAGAAGCAUACAUGCAGCUGCACUGUGUGCGGACGGAAGCGAAAUGCCAUUGAGGAAGAAUUGGAAGGGCUCUACGAUGCCUACUAUCUGGAGCUCGAACAAUUUGCAAACCAAGGCGAGGGACCACCAAUGCUACCAUCGGCUCGAGAUUUCGCUCUAAGACCGCCCCGGGGUCUGCCAUCAAGUUAUGCCAACCGCCCGCCAUCGCGCGGUCGAAUAGUCGAACAUGUGGGAGACGACGAAGACGAAGACGAGCUGGAGGAGGUUUACAGCGAAGACGAAGUGGAGGACGAUGACUACAGCGACGAUGAACCUCCCGAAGAAUAUCAAAACUCACAUGAACGGGACGUCGCCGAUUUCUUGACGUUUGGCAAUAGCCUCCAAGUCAAGGGUGGUAUUCUCACCGUGGCGGAUGACCUCCUGAAAAACGACGGCAAGCGGUUUAUCGAAAUGAUGGAACAGCUUGCCGAACGUAGGAUGGCAAGGGAAGAAGACGCCCGCGAACACUUCUCAAGGGGCUACGGUCACCCUAAUGGCUCAUACUCCAAUCCACAUAAUCAUCCUCCUCCUGAAGAAGACGAGUACGACGAAGAAGAGGACGAGGAUGAUGACUUUGAUGAUAGUCAGGACGAGGAGUAUGAGGAGGAAGAGGACCAAAUGACGGAGGAGCAACGAAUGGAGGAAGGCCGACGCAUGUUCCAGAUAUUCGCCGCCCGUAUGUUUGAACAAAGGGUUCUCUCGGCGUAUAAGGAAAAAGUCGCCAAGGAGCGCCAGCAGAGGCUGCUAGAAGAACUUGAGGCCGAAGAUCGAGAAUCCGAAUUGAGGAAAGCUAAGAAGGCCAAAGACGCACAGAAGAAGAAGGACAGGGCUGCACAGAAGAAGCAAGCACUGGCCGAGGAGAAAGCACGCAAAGAGGCGGAGAAGGCUGCUGCAGACGCUGCUCGGCUAGAAGCUGAGAAGCAACGGGUUGCUGAACAAAAAGCCAGGGCCGAAGAGAAACGAAAGCUAAAGGAGGCGCAGAAGAAGGCUGACGAAGAAGCUCGCCUACGCAAGGAGGCAGAAAGGCAACGCCGAGCUCAGGAGCGAUCCGAACAAGACCGCAAGGCCCGCGAAGCCAAGGAAAAGGAGAAGAAACUUAGGGAAGAACAGCGACAGAAAGAAAAGGAGGAGAAAGAGCGCGAGGCGCAGGAGCGGAAGGACAAGCAAGAGCGCGACAAGCGGGACAAAGAAGCUCGUGCUGCAAAGGCUCAGAAAGAUGCCCAAGCAGCCCGAGAAGCUAAGGAGAAGUUGAAGGAGGAGAAGGCAGGCGCCCAGAAAGCGGCAAGUCAACCAUCACAACCAAUCCAAAUCCCGAAGCGUGGUUCCCAGUAUCCGGUACCGAUCCCGGCAGCUCUUCCACAACAACCGUCGAAUCCUGCAAGCUACGCCUCGCCAAAGAUUCCAGUCGCCACUCCUGUAAUGUCCAAAGCACCGACUCCUAUAAGACCUCGGACCCUCUCGCAGCAGGACAGUGGAGCGCAAUCCGCUACAGCUUCGUCUACAAGCCAAGACCCUUCACCUCAUUCCAUGACACCCAUCAUGAGCCCCGGUCUAAUUGGCCAGCGCCACGGAAGCGCAAGUACUCAGCAUUCUCACUCGGUAUCUCCAACAAAUGGACAACCGAGACUUCCAGGACAAUCUCCUUUCCAGAUACCUCCUGUGGGAAUGCAUCCGCCCCCAGGAUUGCACCACCACCCGGCACCACCAGGUUUCCCCAAUCGCAUGUCACAGGAUGGCUUUUCAGCGUUUAGACAUGGCCCUGGUGCAAUGAUGCCUCCUCCUGGGAUGAAUGGGCCAGCUGGACGGGGAUUUCCCUUACCGAUACCACCAGGGUUCUCACAGCCAGGAGUCGAUCAAUUUGACAUGAAUGGAUUCCCGAUACCAACGGACUUACCCCCAUCAACGCAUCAUCGCCAAAGUUCAUUUCAAUUUGACGCGCCACCAACCCCAGCACAACCCAUUGGUCGACCUGCUCCCAUUGGGCGUCCUGGAAGCAUAAAUCUUGGUCGCUCAUCUGACGACAAAGAAGAUGAAACUGCACAUCUUGGUAGUCGGGCUCUGUUGGAAGAUGACGAGCCGCUCGAAGUCGAAGGAAUUAUGGGGGUGCGAAACCAACCACCUGGACCUAGGCCUGAUUAUACCACGAGUCCCUUCUUGGCUUCAGCGUUUCCGCUGGCCCCCAACCCGUGGGGCCCUCCUGGUGUCGGUGGACAUCCUUUGCCUCCCCCAGGGCUCAACAAUCCUGUCUGGGGCGCACCAAGUGCACCUCCUGGCUUUGGCAUGUCUCCUGUUCCUGCGAUCAACUCUCUUCGAACCGCGUCACACCCUAGCUUCCCCCAACUUCGCGCAAUGCUCUGCCAGGCAUGCCAGGAACUCGCUGGCUCGGGUGACCAAGAAGGUUACAUUGACCUCUCAAUUCUGAAGUCAAGAAUUGAGGCACUGUCAGGCGACAGUAUCUCAGAAGCCAUUCUCAUCAACCUUUGUGACACCGAAGGAAACCCCAACAACGGAGGCGGUACGCUAGUUAUCCGACAGAACGGUGGAAGUUUUAGCCACGCCGUCCGAUGGGAACCCGAUCUAAAUGAUGGAUUUUAUCGAGCAGUCGGCGCUCCAGGUGAGAUUGGUAGCCCGGUGGCUGGUCAAGCAACUCUGCGAGGGGGAAUAUAG